UUGUAAAAUGUAUAAAAUAUAAGUGUUCUAUUAGAUUAAUUUAUUCUUCUUCAUCUUUGUCAAUUUAUAUUUCAUUUGUGUUUGAGGGAUUUAUCUCUGCUGUGAAAAAAACUCGUUAAAAAUUUCCUUGUGGAAAUGUUUAUUUUUAGACACACAAGUAAUCUUUCUCAUGCAUUAUGAAUGUAUGCUGCUGAAAUAAAGAAUUCUGAACAGAGCCGUGUGUGAGGAGGAUGCCUGUUGGCUGGCUGAGGACUACACGCUCUUAGAUCUCCUUUUUUUUCUUCUCUUUUCUUCUCAUUACAGGGUUUCUGUCCUUGAAUCUAGACGGUGAUGCUUGUAAUGAUGCUGCAGCAAACAGCCUCACUGUCAGAUCUGUUCGUCAGCUUCAGCGUGUGGAAAUGGUGGAGGGCUGUCCGGAGGAGGUGGGGUCUGUCCGAUGUGUUGACUGCCUGAUGGAGAGAAGAGGGGCACAGCAAAGUGAGAAUGAAACGACACAGAGUGCUGUGCAGAUCAGGACUGCAGACAUGGAGCUGCAGCAGCACAGAUGCUUAAAUGUUAAAUGAGUCUAAUGUUUAGAAAGGCUGCAGCAGAAAAGGCUUCCAUCGAGGUUUGUCCCAAAUUAAAUCACAAGUUUAUUUGUGAAAUCAACACUAUGUGAUUAAACGACGUGACUUUGCUGUUGAGUUUACAGAGCAGACCUUCACAAUGGGAUUCCUCAGGACCAUUUUCCUCCUUCACCCUUUCUUUUUGGCUCUAUUACGUCAUGUCACAGCUUUAAAUGGAGAAAAUGCCAGUGAAACACAACAGGCAGACACUGACAGAGUUACACCGUUUCUUACACAAUCCUCAUAUGAACCUCAUGGAUCAAGUGUGACACAAGAGAAGCCCAUGUUUGGACCAGAGAAUGUCAAUGUCCAGGGUCAGCCUUUGAGUUGGACCUUAAUGUCAUCUGAAGAUACAGACAGACAAGGCGUGCUCGGUGAAUACAGUGAGGAGAGCACUGAGGCACCUUUUUCAUAUCUGGAUGAAGGACUUCUAUCGAAACACAUAAAGACGGAGGUUGCUACUAGCAGUGUGCAAGCAUCAAGGUCUUCAUCAGGACCUGUGCCACAGAAUCCUAUCCAAGAACAAAUUCGUAAUUUGUCAGCCGAGAUCAGAAUUGUGUCUGUUCUGCAGCCCACACAGAGUGAAGAGAAUGAACCAACAUCUAUCCCACUGCAGGAACAGGUGACAGAGAGCCAUUUACCUCUUCUUCUGUCUGGCUUAGUUCCACCGCACAAACCCGAGCAGAAGUCAUCGCCUUCAGAGUCAGAUGUUCCCAAACCUAACCCUGAAGGUUAUGCUCCAUCAGCAGGUACAGACGGAUGGCCUAAAGGCAUGUCUGUUUCCAAAGGGGAAAAGCAAAAUGGACUGGAUGAUGUUACAGAUAUUUUACACAGAGGAAUCAUCAGCACAGCUACAGAUGGUUCCAGGAAAGACAGCCUGAAUGUCUCCAAGACCAGUGGCACAUUUCUGCCUGGGGCUAGCAUGGACAUGAUCAGCACACCCUGCAAAACAUCAGCUGAGACCUGGACUCCCACCUACCCAGAUGAUCUUACACCUAGUGAGCCACUUCGUCCCUUUCUGAUACUCAACCCUGGCCUCCUGGUCCCUCUGUAUACAGACUGGAACUCUGCACUUAGCACGUGGGGAUUUGCAUGGGAAGCACACAUCUACGGCCUGGGAGCUGUCUUCUCUCUCUUUGGCCUGACCUCUGUAGUCUGUUUGUUAGGCUUGUCCAUUCGAUGUCCUCCUGGGUUCCCAUUUUUCACAAUGCUGCACUUUUUCAUCCUGAGUUUUGCUGGGAUCCAAGCCUUCUGUUUGGUCUAUGAUGCAUACAAUUCUCAAGAUCGUCUCCCUCCUCUGGUGACUCAGAUGCUCUCUGAACUGCCAUUGCCAUGUUUGAUAUCAGCCUUCUCACUGGCUUUUCUUCUGCUCUCCUUGAACUCACGCAACCAUCUUUCACUUCCUCUUGCUAUU